CGGGCUCCUCGCCCAGCCCCGCCGCCCAAGCUGUCCGCUUGCCUUUCCGCCUGGAGUGCUGGACCUUCCCUCCGGCAAACCCGGCUCGAUCCGAGAGAAAUGAAGCUGCCGGCACUGCCGAGUUAAAAUCUGAGCUGCCGAGGGCUCGGGUCGCUCCACAGGCGCCCCGUGGGCUCCGGAGCGCCAGCUGAGCGAGGGAGCGGAGCCUCCGGAGCCCCCGGCGGGAGGGCACCAAGCCUGGAGAUUUGUAGCUGAUUGUUCAUAUGUGUUCAGGGGGAGAUGAACUACAUUGGAUCCUGCAUAAUUUGGCUUUGUAUGGCAGUCUUCCUCCUCCUUCCUGUUUCUACUUCCGUGGCUGUGAGUGACCAGACAGGUGCUGUGUGUCCUUUAAUGAAAACAGCUGUCCGUCAUCUCAAACAAAUCAACGGAGACAGUCGUGGUGUUUCAGGAUUUGAUCUGGCAGAAAGCUUUUCUUUGAGGCAAACACCUUGUGGAGGGGAAAAGAUCUGUUUUAAACUGGGAAGUGCACCUCUCAUUAGAGAUACAAGGCAAGUAUUUCCAAAUGGGCUUCCUGAAGAAUACUCUCUAGUUGCUGCAUUCCGUGUACGGCGAAAUACCAAGAAAGAACGUUGGUAUAUAUGGCAAGUUUUAAAUCAGUAUGACACACCUGAGAUCUCUGUCCUUCUGGAUGGUACAAAAAAGGUGGUGGAGUAUAUGACCAAAUCCGCUCAGGGAAAUAUACUGCACUACACUUUUAAGAGUCGAGAAAUUUACCCGUUGUUUGAUCGGCAGUGGCAUAAGCUUGGUAUUAGUGUGCAGUCAGGGAUCAUUUCGCUCUAUUUGGAUUGUAAUUUAAUUGAGAGAAAGCAGACUGAUGAAAAAUUCACCAUUGACUUGCAGGGAAGGACACUGAUUGCUUCUCGUGCUGCAGAUGAUAAGCCUGUAGAUAUUGAACUUCACCACAUAGCAGUUUAUUGUAAUCCAAAACUUGCAACAGAAGAUACAUGUUGUGAAAUAUCUGCAGACUUGUGCCCACGUGAGGAAAGGUUAUUUCCUACAACGUUGUCACCAGCAACUGCUCAUGCCAGCAAAAUAUACACGCUUCCAGGAAUGCAGCAAGAAUCUAGAGAGAGAUGCCACUGCUUUCCAAACAAAGGAGAAGCAGGAUUGCCAGGAGUAUCUGGUUUGCCAGGCCAGAAAGGAGAAAAAGGAGAAAAGGGUGAAAUGGGCAUGAAAGGACAGGAUGGAGCUGCUGGUCUGCCUGGCGAAAAGGGUGAACGUGGCUUUGCAGGUAGCAAAGGCGAAGAAGGUGAAAAGGGUGAAAAAGGAGAUAAAGGAGAACCAGGACCAGAAGGCAUGCAUGGAACAGAGGGACUAAAAGGUGACCCUGGUAGACCUGGUGUGGCUGGUCCGAAAGGAGAAAAGGGAGAUGCAGGACCUCCAGGACCAGCUGCCUUGAGUGGUUUGCUGGAGGGUCCCCAAGGUCCACCUGGCAAAGAAGGUCAAAGGGGAAGACGAGGCAAACCAGGUCUCCCAGGAAAACCGGGGCCACCAGGACCUCCUGGUCCUUCUGGACUAGAAGGAAUUCUGGAUUCAUUGAACAAACAUUAUAAUGAGAGUGAUACAAGACUACUAGGAGUACUUGGGACCCCUGGACUUAAAGGCCAGAAGGGAGAUGUUGGUCAGAAAGGAGAAUUGGGAAUGACAGGUGCAAAAGGAGAAAAGGGAGAGCCUUCUGAAAAAGGGGACAAGGGAGAUCCAGGAGAGACUGGAAUGCAGGGAUCAAAAGGAAAUAAGGGUGAAGUGGGAGACCCUGGACCACCUGGUCUUAUCGGAAAUCCAGGAUCAAAGGGACUGCAAGGCCCUCCAGGACCUGUCGGACCCAGGGGACUGCCAGGAGAAGUUGGCUUACCAGGAGAGCAUGGGGUACCAGGAAACCCAGGAGUUAAAGGAGACAAGGGUGACCCUGGUGGGAUUAUGGGACCACCUGGACAUCCAGGUCCAAAAGGUGAUAUGGGGCCUCCUGGACCAAGUCUGCCUGGAACACCAGGUCCCACUGGUGUUCCUGGAAACCCAGGUCCACGGGGACCAAAGGGAGAAAGAGGACUACCUGGUGUACAGGGAGCACCUGGGGAGAUGGGGCCCCCUGGAAUAGGCAUUCAGGGAUCACCAGGUCCUAUAGGUCCAACUGGAUCAACAGGUGUGCAGGGCCCUAGGGGACCGCCAGGGUUACCAGGAACUCCAGGUACUCCUGGUAUUAAUGGCACUCCAGGAAGAGAUGGAAAACCAGGACUACCAGGCCCUCCAGGUGAUCCUAUUGCACUGCCACUUGUGGGAGACAUGGGUGCCAUACUGAAGGGUGAUCCUGGCACAAGAGGACCUCCAGGCAUCCCUGGUAGAGAAGGGCCAAAGGGAAGCAAAGGUGAACGUGGAUUUCCUGGGCUUGCGGGAGAGAAGGGUGAUGAGGGUCUUCAAGGUGCUCCUGGACUGCCAGGCAUACCAGGACCCAGUGGACCAUCUGGAGUCACAGGAAGACCUGGACAUCCUGGUCCAGCAGGGGCAAAAGGCGAAAAGGGUAGUGAAGGCUCUCCUGGGAAACCUGGACCACCUGGGCCUCCGGGUAUGCCUUACAAUGAAAGAAAUGGAAUGAGCAGCUUGUAUAAACUGCAGGGAGGUGCGAGUGUCGCUAGUUAUCCAGGUCCACCAGGACCUCCGGGUCCAAAAGGAGAUCCUGGAACAGUGGGAGACCCAGGACCAAUGGGCUUACCAGGACUGGAAGGACUCCCAGGGGAAAAGGGUGACCGUGGACCAGCCGGCACACCAGGAGUAGCAGGGACACCGGGAAAGCCAGGAUCUCCUGGGUCCCCAGGGGUGCCAGGGGAACCUGGUGAAAGAGGACCUAUAGGAGAUAUAGGCUUCCCUGGUCCAGAAGGGCCACAAGGAAAACCAGGAAUCAAUGGAAAAGAUGGAUUGCCAGGUCCUCCGGGUGCUGUGGGGAGACCGGGAGACAGAGGACCCAAAGGAGAACGUGGAGAUCAGGGUAUUCCAGGGGACAGAGGUCCACAGGGUGAACGAGGGAAACCUGGCCCAACAGGAGAAAAGGGGGAUGUGGGUCCUGUUGGCCCACCGGGAGACAGAGGCUAUCCAGGAUCACCAGGUCAUCAAGGUCCCCCAGGUUCACCAGGACCCCCAGGGUUUCCAGCUGAUGCAGUUUCACUUGAAGAAAUAAAAAAAUAUAUCAAACAAGAGGUUCUUAAGGUUUUUGAAGAAAGGAUGGCUCAAUUUGUAUCCCAGCUGAAGCUGCCUGCUGCAAUGCUUGCCUCCCAAGCUCAUAGUAAACCAGGGCCCCCAGGAAAAGAUGGGUCACCAGGGCCACCAGGAAAUGAUGGUUUGCCAGGGCCACCAGGAGAACGUGGAAUUCAAGGUUAUAGAGGACAGAAAGGGGAAAGAGGCGAGCCUGGAAUUGGACUGCCCGGUAACCCUGGACCACCUGGCCCUGCAGCUGCCGGCCUGCCAGGUCCACCAGGAACACCAGGCUCACCCGGACCACAGGGACCACCUGGACCCAGUGGGAGAUGCAAUCCUGCAGAUUGCUAUUACCACAUAUCACAGACUCGGUCACACACCAGCAGAAAAUAAAAACCCUCUCCCCCAGACACUUGGGUUCAUAAUCACUUUUCACUCCUCCCAAUAAGUUAAUUUAAUUUUUUAAAUAUUUGGUGCAUUUUUAUUUUUUUUUCCUCGACACUGCAUGGUAUAUAGAUAAUUUGUAAGGCACAAAAUUGAGCUUUUUUCUAUGUUUUUUGCAGUGUCGUAAUUAAGAAAUGAUGAUGUAUAUUUUCCAGAGUGCAUUCCAUGUGUUGUUUCUCAUAUUUAUUUUGCUUAGAACAGAAAAUAGGCACAAAUAAUUUUCAUCAACCUUCUUUCUUCAAACAAAAAAUAUUUUGUUAUUACUUAAGACAUUAUGUAUGCCCCAGUAAGUAAGCUGGCUUUAUUUUUCUUGCUGGUGGUGAAUUUUAAAUCAAAAAUAUACAUUUCUGAAGUUUCAAAGCGUACUUGUUCGUGGCGAACGCAGGACCUGAGCUGGAGCACUGGGAACUCUUUUCAGACUAAACAUUCAUGUCCCUCGAGGAGGCUCUGGCACACCUUCUGAAAAGGGUCUUUGUUGUGCAUCACAAAUGCUGCCCACCAUUUCAGUCACGUCCAAGAUGUUGAAGAAGGAGACGAAGAUGUGUUUAUGAUCUCCCUAAUCCCAUCCAACGCUGAGCUUCACACUGACUGAAAAAUCGCCAGGUGUAACCUCAGGAAGUGUCUCUCCUGAGUGGAUGUUGUC